AUGGCACCGGCGCUGGAUGUGCCAGAAGCCGUCGAGGAUGUCCUUGCCAACCCGCUGAAGGCAAAGCCACAACUCGUUGCCCCCGAACCAGAGCACUGUCCCGGCCCCGAAUCCGAGCAGGCUGGCCAGGCAGAUUCGUGCGCUGGCUGUCCGAACCAGCAGAUAUGUGCCUCCGCACCGAAAGGACCCGACCCAGAUAUCCCCCUCAUAUCAGCACGGUUAGAAAACGUCAAGCACAAGAUUCUUGUCCUCAGUGGCAAGGGCGGCGUAGGAAAGAGCACAUUCACAACGCUGCUGGCCCACGCUUUCUCUGCAAACCCCGACAACAAUGUCGGCAUCAUGGACACGGACAUCUGCGGGCCGAGCAUCCCCAAGAUGAUGGGUGUCGAGGACGAAACCAUACACGUGAGCAGCGCAGGUUGGUCUCCGGUGUGGGUGUCAGACAACCUGGGCGUUAUGAGCAUACAGUUCAUGCUGCCGAACCGAGACGACGCUGUGAUCUGGCGCGGGCCGAAGAAGAACGGACUUAUCAAGCAGUUCCUCAAGGACGUCGAGUGGGGCGACCUCGAUUUCUUGCUGGUGGACACGCCGCCAGGUACGAGCGACGAGCACCUGAGCGUCAACUCGUUCCUGCAAGAGAGCGGCAUCGACGGAGCGGUGAUGGUGACGACACCGCAGGAGGUGGCACUGCUGGACGUGCGGAAGGAGAUUGACUUUUGCCGCAAGGCCGGCAUCCGCGUGCUGGGUCUAGUAGAGAACAUGAGCGGUUUUGUGUGCCCCAAAUGCCGACACGAGAGCCAGAUCUUCCGGGCGACGACGGGCGGCGGACGUGGGCUGGCCGAGGAGAUGGGGCUGCCGUUUCUGGGCGCGGUGCCGCUGGACCCGCGCAUCGGACUGGCCUGUGACUACGGCGAGAGCUUCUUCGACAGCUAUCCGGACAGCCCGGCAUGCGGAGCGCUAAAGACAGUGGUGAGGGCACUGGCACAGCAGCUGAAGCUGGAUCCGGGAAAGGUUCUGCCCGACGACUGA